AUGCAUCGUCUUUUUGCUGAGGUGAAGCCAUCUAUAACCGUCACAGAGCAAAACCUGGUAGACCGAGUUCGUUAUAUCUUGCGUUCAAAUAUAAAUGAUGUCGCCGAACUCGAACGGCUACGACGUGAGGCUGUUUCCUCACCAAAUGAAAAUGCUACGGCUGAGGAUGCGACGCCACAAUUUGCAGAGCAACCCCAACACAUGGAUGCCGCCGUAAAUACUCCAGUAUUGGUUGAUUCAAAGGAUAAUGGAGCAGUCAUCCAGGAACUAGAACUAGAGCAAAUGAGGAAUACUUUGGAAGAGGCGAUUGUGGAAAUGCGCAGUACGCCUCUUGAAAAUCGGCCGCAACUUUUCCGCAUAGCCCUAAGCAAGCGGAAGCGGCUCUGA